AUGCCGACGCUCCACAUCUCGUCGUACGCUGGGCAGAUCGAUCAGGCCGCCAAGUUCCGCGACGGCCGCACACUCGCCUCGCUCCUCUCGCUCUCCGGCAAGCAUGGUCAGAUGGUACUCGACUUUCUCGCCAAGCCGGACAGAGGGACUGCAUGGAUCGACAGGACGCUCGACACUCCGAACCCGUCGUACGCUGGCCAGUUCAAGCGAACGAUCAGCAAGGAUGGUCCAUGGGCAGAGAUGGCGACUGGGCACAUCUGGGCGCUCGUUGCGCUGAACCCUGUCAUGAACCCCAUGACGCACCAGAUGCAUCACUCGGACGCGGUUGUCGCCUACCAGAAGCAGCACGAGGUCGUCACCGCACUCUAUCGGUACCUGAUGGACGCGAGGGACCAGACGACCGGCUGGGCGCUCCCUCUUCUCUACGUCGUCUGUCGCGACCUGCGGAAAGUCGCAGAACAGGCGGACCAGCAGCUACUCGCGAAUAGCCAGAAGGCGGUCAAGCUCGAAGAGGCGAGCCGUUCGCUGCAGAAAUGCUUCUCCUGCUGCCUGAACGACCGAGCGAGCGACAUCGCCGCCUCUCGAAAGAUGGGCACGUACUACCUCGCGACCUUGCUCUUCAAGACCUACUUCCGGCUUAACUCGACGGCACUCUGCAAGAACAUCAUCCGCGGCAUCGGCGCCGCCGACCUCCCUCCUCUGUCUUCCUUCCCCCGCGCCCACCAAGUCACCUACAAGUACUACAUGGCGGUCUUUGCUUUCCUGCGAGAAGACUAUGCCGAUGCGGAGAACCGGUUCAGGGAGGCGCUCGAGAUGUGCCACUAUCGGAUGAAGCGGAAUAUCGAGCUCAUUCUCGACUACCUAAUCCCCCUCCUCCUCCUCCGCGGCGUCUUCCCCUCCUCCAAACUGCUCGCCAAGUCCGCACGGCACAAGACUCUCUACGGUCCCUUUGCGCAGGCGAUCAAGACGGGCAAUGUUGCUGCGUAUGAGCGGCAGCUCGAGCGGGCGGAGAAGCGGCUGAUGGAGAGGGGGACGUACCUCGUAGUUGAGCGGGCGCGGGAGAAUGCGGUGCGAGGACUGCUAAAGCGGGCAUGGGUCCUGGAGGGCAAGCCUGCACGGCUGUCGGUCGAGACUUUCCGAAGAUACUACAAUGCGGCGUAUGCUGUUGGGCUUUUAGACUCGGGACUGAGCGCGGCGGAUAUCGAGCGGGUACGGAAGAGCGCGGAGAUCGAUUCGGAAGAGAUGGAGUGCUUGCUGGCGAACAUGAUCUACAAGGGUCUGCUGAAAGGCUACAUCUCGCACGCACAUCAGCUAGUCGUUCUCUCGAAGGACAAGCCUUUCCCUUGGUACUCGCCCUACCGGAAUCGAGGCCAGGCGUUCAUGCAGGCGCGGCAGGAGAAGGAGAACAGCGAGCGACAAAAGAUGCCGCCUUCGACGGAUGGCGCAGCGGCGCAGAACGGUGGGACAGCGCCGCCGGCUCAGGCGUAG